AUGGAGCGAAGGCAUCGUCAGAAUGCACAGAACAUCGCGGAGAUGGAAUGCAAGGCGUUUGCAUUUCUCAUCGGGCCGAUGUUGGCCUUCGCUGCCUUGAAUCUGGUCGACUUUGUGACCGACAUUUUGGUCUUACUGAAGCUCAGCUGCGUUACCAACUCGAGCAUCAGGCAGGAGUGCGAAUACUCCAACUUCACAUGUAAAGACGGGCUUUGCUCUUAUGCAAAUGUCACUUACACAGCCGGCCAGAGUGAAGACAAGUGCGUCGCACACGCAGCGUGGAGUGGUUUUGGCUGUGUAAUACUCCUGGGCUCUUCAGUGGCCUCUGCUGUGGCUUACCGUCCUUCUCUCCGGGUCGAGCCCAGCCGAAAGUCAAUUUGGUGCGGCUUUGUCGCAGCUUUCUUCCAGAUUGCGCCAUUACUGGACAUUAUGCGCGUUGUUCGGACAGGCAAGCUGGAAGAGAAGAGAAGGCAACAGAUGAUGCGCCGAGAUUUCGUUCUCAAGCUAGCCGAGUCGGUCCCGCAGGCUUUCUUGCAGUCAUACAUUAUGUUUGCUUCAGCAACACACGUGGAACCAUUGAAUUUGCUGUCUGUGACUACCUCUGUUACCAGUGUUUCUCUGUCUCUGGCGCUGCAGCUGCCGAAGAUAGUUCUGCCAACCAAUGCCGAAGCAUCGGAAGCAUUCAAAGCAGCAUCGGAGGUGGCAGGUCAUGCACAGACCUACGGUGUUCAAGAGGAGGAAGUACAAGUGAGCGCAGACGAUCCGUACAUGGGUCACGAUGUCCCAUCAGAACAUCCAAAGGAUCCGAAAGAUGCUGGGAAAAGCCAGCAGGGCGGUGAGCUUUCAAGGGUGUCUCUCGUUCUGUCGCCUUUGAACGAGUUGGUGUCGUGCAAGGCCACUUUCAUUGCAUACUUGGCAUCGGACUUGGUGUUGCGAUGCGGGGCCUAUGCAAUGCUUUUGUCACCGUUUGCAAGACACCUUGGAUUUGCCGGCAUCCUUGGCUUCGCCGUUUGCCAGUCUGUAGCGGGAUACCGGUCAGCUUGGCGAUGGCUCUUGCGAGGAAAGCUGCUUCCAUGCCUGAGAGGAUGCAUUGAUGUGGACAAGAAUGUGCCAGAAGUGCCCACAAGCAUUCUGGGCCUCGCCUGUAGUCUCUCAUUGUCGUUCGUGAUUGGCUUUGCUCUUGCUUACUCGAUAACCUUUGUAGGAUCUUCACCUCUGCAAUUUGGGUUCCUCCUUCUGGCCCUUCCGGCUUUAGUCCUGUCGGCAGUGCCCGUGGUUGUGACCUUCGAGCGGCCAUGCCGAGACAAGGCAUGCUUUAUCGGCGUACGUCUUCUUGAAUAUCUAAGCUUUGGCAUCUUGCUGUCAGCGAAUGGGCGGACAUUCUGUGGAAAGCCACUUGGCCGGGAGCCCAUCGCCUUCUUCGCGGUGCUGGGGCUCAAUCUCGUGGCUUUGUUACUGCAUCUCAGCUGCAAAUUUCCAUUCGUACCCCACAGCCGAACUGAAAAUCAGUCGCAACUGCCAAGACUCUUCGAACGUUGA